AUGCGUGUCUACUCCAUUGUAUUCGCAGCUAUAGGCGUUACCGUGUCCUCCUACGCCGACGACACUUUGAUGGCCGCGAGUCCGAACACGACGGUAGUCGACGACCCGGCCGCCGUUCCCUUUUCGGUGGACAAUCAUCCCAGCGUCCCGCUCACCAGUUCGUUGAGACCUCAAGGCUCCCCGGAUGCCGAAGAGCGAUUGCCACUUCAAGGGUGGCUACUCAAACUGUUCAAGGUGCGCCUGACCGUCCAUGCGAAGAUGCUGGCAGGGGCCAGUCAUGACCUCAGAAACGCUUUCGCAGCGUUCAAGGCCAGCCAUCUACGGUUUGGGAUGCGCUAUUCGGCACUGCAGAGUCCCGAAAUGAUUCAGCUGGGAGCUGCGUUCCAGCCUAACAACAAGCGACUGCUCAUAAACCUUCUUUCGCCGUACGGCGAGACCAAACUGGCAGUUUUCCUCCUCCGUCUGCGAGCGUCAACGGACGCGAAGCAGAAAAAGUUUGGACAGGUGUUCUUCUCUGAGCUGAUGGCAAAGUGGAGCGACGAAGGGAAAGAUACUGUCGAGCUGGUGAGAAAACUACGACGGAAAACGUCCUUCAGACUUUCGUUUCGCGACGACCGCAACCCGUUCAACGACAUUCUGCGGGAAUACUGCCAUCAUGUUGGAGAGCAUGGUGACUUCUUGUAUCUCUGGACCCUGACGCAAGUUUUCGGAGAGAAGAGAAUGAAACGUGCUGUAGCAGAAGAAAUGAAGAUGGAGAUAAACGAUCUGCGAGUCGCUCACGUGUUUGAUAUAUUGGAGUCAAUGGCGAAGUCAAAACGGUAA